AUGUCCAAGGAGCCAGUGAAGAGAGAGAGGAACCUUCAUAACAGAGGCCAAAGUAAGAGGGAUCCAUUUAAAAGGGACAACACAACUGUGUGAAUGGGAGAAACUGGAAAUGAAGGACUUGGAGGACUUUUCUGAUGGUACCUUCUAUCCUCACCCUCGUAGGGUUUUAGAAGGUUGAUGGUACUGAUGUAUGGCCUCGCUCCCUCAGAUUCAGACUAUGAGAAUGCUAACCGUACGGCUGACGUAGGCGUGGAGCUCAUGGCCUUCCAGUCCAUCAUCGGCGAUGACUACAAAGGUCAUGAUCCUUUAGAACGGUGUUUCUCAAUCCUGGUCCCGGGGACCCAAAGUGGUGCACAUUUGAGUUUUUUGUCCUAGCACUACACACAUGAUUCAAAUCAAAGGUCUAAUGAUGAGUUGAUUAGUUGUAUUGAGUGUGUUAGUGCUAGGGCAAAAAUGUGCACCCCUUUGGGUCCCCAGCACCAGGAUUGAGAAACACCCUCACACCAACAAUGACCUAACCCUUGUAUGUGUUUGUUUGACGCUAUACUUCUCCCCUCUCAGAUGACAACAGUGUAACACUAUGGAGAGCUGGGUGAUAGCAGCCGCUGUCUGAAACUGAAGUGUCAGAUGAGAUACAUGCCUGAGUGGGAGUCCAUCAUCUUCCUGGGAACCCCUGUGUAAGAGACACGCACACACAAGCAUGCACAUACACUGGCCUAGCAGUUAGAGCGCUGGGCUAGUAACCGAAAAGGUAGCUAGUUCGAAUCCCCGAGCCGACAUGGUGAAAAACCUGGCGAUGUGCCGUUGAGCCGUUAAUAAUGGCAGACCCUGGCCAUGACCCCACUCUCCAAGGUUGUCUCAGGGGGAGUUGGGAUAUGCAAAAAAACACAUUUCCAAUUCACACAUGUAUUAAUACACAUACUGUAUAAUCACCCACAUAAUUAUUAUUAUUAUUAUUACACACACAUUAAAAAUCGAAUCAUUGAGUUAUACCAUGCAUUAAUUCCAAUAUCUUCUCAUUGUUUGUCUCCCUUUUCUCUUGAAUAGCAUUAGUUAAUCACAAACACCAAUUAUCUGUAUUUCUGAUGCUCUUCAAACUUGGCAGCACUUCAAAAUUAGUAAAUUAGUACCUCAUCAUAGUACAUCAUUUACUAUGCACAUCAUUAGCUGCUAAUGAGGUUUUAAUCAGGCAGUCUUGUUCUUGUACAGCUAACUGGCCAGUGAGUGUUUUUCUCUGGAGUACAUUCCCAGGUGGAUGGUGGCACCUUAAUUGGGGUGGACGGGCUCAUAGUAAUGGCUGGAACGUCAUUGAUGGAAUGGUAUCGAACACAUCAAACACAUUGCUUCCAUCUGUUUGAUACCAUUCCAUUCACUCCAUUCCAGCCAUUAUUAUGAGCCGUCCUCCCCUCAGCAGCCUCCUGUGACAUUACAAGUUACAACAUUACUUAAUCAAAUUACCUUAAUAAACCCAACCCCACCUCUCCCAAAUACAUUCAAUCAAUCAAUCACAUGUAUUUUAUAAAGCCCUUUUAACAUCACAAAGUGUUUUACAGAUUCCCAGCCUAAAACCCCACAGAGCAAUGCAGAUGCAGAAGCACAAUCCUCUACAAUAGCUUUUCCUUUCUCUCUGUCUACAGGUGUUCAUUUCUGCAUACCGGUAA